AUGAAUCGAGAGGGCAAGACCAGACACUCCCAGAGGGUCAAGAAGAUGCAGCAGGGGAUCGGCAAGGCCAGUCUUGCUCGCCGUGAGGCACUGUUCGUAGAGAAGGUGGAUUUGCUUGAGAGCGACGAGUAUGAGACUCCUGAAAAGCUGGCCGAGGAGAAGGAGGAGGACCGGUCAGGCCGCAAAAAGGUACGUGUCAAGAACAAGAAGGAGCAGCAGCUGCGCAAGAAAUUCAACCUUAAGAAGUUGAUCCGCGACAAUCGCUAUGCAGAGCAGGACCAGCCCAACUUUGCGACCGUCAAGGCAGAGGGUUCAAGGCUGCCCUGUCGCAAGGCCUGCUUGGUCUGCGGGCUACCCGGCAAAGGCCGCUGCAGCAACUGCUACGAUUCCUUCUGCAGCCUGCGCUGCUACACCUUACACAAGCAGGUUCGCUGUGAAUGA